GGUAUAAAUGCCAUAGUUCAUUUCAAAGUCUUUCUUCUUUUUUUUUGUUCUGUUCUCCGUGGUUCUCUCUAUCUGCGUUCUCCUGAUCUUCUACAAAAUGAAGGUUUUAGGCUUCUUUGCCCUAGUCCUUUUAGUUGGCCUUUCCCAGGCGAUUGUGAGAAUACCUAUUCACAAGAUGCCAACUCCCCGGCAAUCUCUCAAAGAAGUUGGAAUCUCUGUUGAGCAGCUUCUUGGAAAAUAUGGUGGAAAAUAUGAAGGGGGUGAUGUUCCUGAGCCACUGAUCAACUACAUGGAUGCUCAGUAUUAUGGCGAAAUAACUAUCGGCACCCCUCCUCAGAAGUUCACUGUUGUCUUUGAUACCGGAUCCUCAAAUCUUUGGGUUCCAUCCAAGAAAUGCUCUUGGACUAACAUUGCAUGUUUGCUUCAUGAUAAAUAUGACAGUACCAAGUCCAGCACUUAUAAGAAGAAUGGGACAGAGUUCGCCAUCAGAUAUGGCAGUGGCAGUUUGUCUGGGUUCCUCAGCAUUGACACUGUCUCAGUUGGAGGAAUUGAUGUCAAGGGACAGACUUUUGCUGAAGCCCUCAAGGAACCAGGACUGACAUUUGUUGCUGCCAAGUUUGACGGUAUCCUUGGCAUGGGUUUCUCAUCAAUUUCAGUUGACCAAGUGGUUCCCGUGUUUUACGACAUGGUCUUGCAAAAACUUGUCCCUGCUCCCGUUUUUUCUUUCUAUCUUAACAGGGAGCCAGGUGCUUCCCCUGGCGGUGAACUAUUGCUGGGUGGCAGUGACCCAAAGUACUACAAGGGCAACUUCUCCUACGUUCCCGUCACCCAAGAGGGCUACUGGCAGUUUAAGAUGGAUGGCAUAAGUGUCAAGGAAGGUAGUUUCUGCUCUGACGGGUGUCAGGCCAUAGCUGACACUGGGACAUCACUCAUUGCUGGUCCUACUGAUGAAAUCGAAAAACUGAACAACCUUAUUGGUGCAAAGAUCAUCAUCGGUGGGGAGUACACUGUGAACUGCUCUGCUAUUGACAGUCUCCCUGACAUCACUUUCACUAUUGGAGGCAAGAAGUAUGUUCUGACGGGGAAACAGUAUAUCCUGAAGGUUACAACCUUAGGUCAGUCUGUGUGCAUCAGCGGAUUUCUCGGCCUUGAUGUCCCCCCACCAAGAGGGCCCCUGUGGAUUCUGGGUGAUGUCUUCAUUGGUCCUUACUACACUGAGUUUGACUUUGGUAACAAGCGUGUUGGGUUCGCCGAGGCUGUGUAAGCGCUGCCCAUGUCAACCACAGCAAUCAACAAAUUAAAGAAAUAAAUAAAUAAGUUAUCACGAAAUUAGGCAUUAACAGCUUGAGAUAAACUAGUCCCUGAGAAAAAUCGGUUCCCAGCCGAUUGUGUUUAAAACCUCAAAUUUUACAAGUAGUAAUUGAAAUUGUAAUGAUAACUAUGAAGCUUUUGCUAUUUAACUGCUUUUAAGAGCAGAUUUAAGCACUAUGGCUAAAGAAGAUACAGACUAGAAUUUGGUCAAUCUAUUUAUAUGAUUUUUUUUAAACUUUUGUACCACAUUGUUUCCUGGAAGUUGCAAAGAUUGUUGGAUUGAAUAAAAAAAAGCACAUGUA